GGCGGUCAUGGCGGACGCGAUGGCGGCGGGCUGCCCGCGCCUCUGCCGGCGCCUGGAGGGCGAGACGGCGCGGGCCGUGCUGGCCAACGCCGACACGCUGCUCUUCGACUGCGACGGCGUCCUGUGGCGGGGCGAGGCGGCCGUGAGCGGCGCGGCGGCGGCGCUGGGCAAGCUGGCGGCGGCGGGCAAGCGGCUGUGCUACGUGACCAACAACAGCGGGCGGACGCGCGCGGCCUACACCGAGAAGCUGCGGCGCCUCGGCUUCCCGCCCGCCGAGCUCCGCCACAUCUUCAGCUCGGCCUUCUGCGCCGCCCGCUACCUGCGCCAGGCGCUGCCGCCCGGCGCCGCCGCCUACGUGCUGGGCAGCCCCGCGCUGGCCGCGGAGCUGGAGGCCGUGGGCAUCCCGCACCUGGGGCCCGGGCCCGCCGCCCUGCCCGGCCCCGCGCCCGCCGACUGGGUGCAGGCGCCGCUCGACCCCGCCGUGCGCGCCGUGCUCGUGGGCUUCGACGAGCACUUCAGCUACGCCAAGCUGUGCCAGGCGCUGCGGUACCUCCUGCGCGGCGGCCCCGACUGCCUCCUGGUCGGCACCAACCGCGACCACCGGCUGCCGCUCGAGGGCGGAGCCGGCAUCCCCGGGACGGGGUGCCUGGUGAAGGCCGUGGAGACGGCGGCGCAGCGCGAGGCCUUCAUCGUGGGCAAGCCCAACCGCUUCAUGUUCGACUGCGUGGCCGGCGAGUUCCGGGUGGACCCGGCGCGCACCAUCAUGGUGGGGGACCGGCUGGACACGGACAUCCUGAUGGGCAACGACUGCGGCCUCACCACGCUGCUCACCCUCACCGGGGUGACGACGCUGGACGAGGCGCGGGGCCACCGGGACAGCGGCUGUCCCGCCAGGCACGGCCUGGUCCCCGAUUACUACGUCGACAGCAUCGCCGACCUGCUCCCGGCGCUGGGCGAGUAACGGCGCCCGGGCCUGUGGCAGUAACGUACGCGCUAGAUACCCCCGGAGUUAGAACCCUUAGCUUGUCUCCCCUCUGUCCUCUCGGUAUGAUUCUGUUUACAUCUCGGUCUGAAAUGCACUUUGGAGCAAAGGGGGCAUUACCCCGGGGCUCGGGGCUGGGGUUGGGUUUGGCUAUAAACGCGUCGAUCCGAUGCUCGCGGUGCUCCGCGGCGCGGGGUCCUGCGGGCUGAGCUAGGGAGAAGGAUCCUGUCCUGGCCAGGCUGGGCCAUGCCUCAGCCCGCUUUGUUCAGGGAAACGACUCUUGGGAUGUGCAGUAGCUCUGGUUGUGUUUGGAAGCACUUGUGGAGCUGGUGUUUGCCUUUGGGGUGAUUUUUUUUUCCCAGCUGGGGCCCUGUUCAGGGGCCCAGCCCCACGUCAGGUCACACACAUUCAUCUCCUUCGUUUGACCGAUGCACGUUGCACUUGUGAUGCAGAUUGGGAUGAUCCCAACAACUCCAGACCUCGGCUGCUGCACACGGGGUCUGUCCAAGGUCGAGUGUGUGUAAAGUGCAUGUACACACGGGCACUCCCUGAGCAUAGAGAUAGAGCAGAAUAUAUUUAAAUUAUAAAUAGAGUCUAUGAUAAUAUAUCUUGUUUCCCCGGAGGGAGGAUGAGAGGGAUGUACUUCGCUGAUUUCGUUCUCCUAAACCGUUGCAUUUGGUAAUGCAGAGAGUCUGCAGCCAUGCAGGACUGCCCUUCACUGCUGCUGCUUCCCAGAAAUCCCUGGAUCGAUGCGUGCCCAGCUCCUGCACUUCCCUCAGCGCCAGCCAGCCACUUGCCUUGGCUUUGGCUGCACAAUCCCGAAUCCUGCUCAGUCCGUGGAUGGAUGUAGUGCCCAGGACAGCUGUGCACAGGGAGCCCUGUGGGUCCUGGCUGUGUGUGGCAGUAGCUCGUGCUUCCUUCCCAUCCCUGAGGAUCAGAUCUUCCGCGUGUGCCGGCGGGGGCCGGGCACGGUGGGUGGUGAGGAGGAGUGCUGGCUUGCUCAGGGAUGAUUCUGUUUGAUCUCCAGGUGGGAUUGGGCAAUGAGGGGCUCACCCCCCAAAACGGGGUGGUGUUUGUGCUGCCUCAAUCCCACAGCGAAAGCUUUUGCAUUACAGAAUUAAUUGAAAAUUAUAUAUGCAAAUAUCACGCUUUUAUUCCAUAGAUUCCAGUAUCUACAGUUCAAUUUAAGCACUGGUUUUCCUUCCUGCCCAGCUGAGGAGCUCGGGCAGUGCUGAUGCCAUUUCCUGCCUGGUAACUUGUCACCUUGUCUGUACAGCAAUAACCCUGCAGUCCAGAGGGUCUCGGUGUUCCCAGAGCAUUGGCUGAACCUCUGAAAGGCUGUUUGUUUGUGAUUGGGAGUUGUGGAAGGAAGCGUGGAUAAUCCCUUCCCUGCUCCUCUCUCCAGAUGAAGAACUGCACAAUCCCAGAGGCAGAACUUGCCCUUGAUCUGGGUAGCGUGGAGAUGGACACUAUGGACUCACUGCAGGUCGUGUCUGAUGUAACACUGUGGGUUUGGAUUCAGUCUCUGUAUCUGGUGCUUUUUGUGUCAGGAUACGUCGGGAAAAGGCCAGCAGAGAGUCCAGCAUCCCUCAGGCAGCUCUCCCUGCUGAGGGCUCUCGCUGGCGAGGGAGCCAUUGCCUGGGCUCAGGGAUGCUGGGAUGUGCUGGUGGCGGUGUCAGUCAUGCUUCAAAACUCUGUUCUGACUUCCAAAUGGUUCUUAAUCCUCUACUUGAAUUCCCAUUAAACUCUCAAACCUGCUCUCCCCA